AUGAUGGAUUUGUUAAAUCUAAAUAAGACAUCUAAUUAAGAUAUAUAUAUUCCUAAUCCAAUACCAUCAAAUUAAUAGUCUAAAAUGCCUACUAGAAAUAUAUCUGAAACAAAUUUACACAAUAUUUAGAGUAGAAAUAAUACUUUAACAAUUCGACAGAAUUCAUAAACUAGUUCCAGAAAGCAAACUAAAAAUAAUGAUUAUCAUAAAAUAGCUUAUCAAUAACAGAUUAAGAAAAAUCAAAUUGCAUUAAAAAGAAAAAGGUCCGUUUCAUCAAUUUCUAGUACAUCUUCUAUGUCAUAAUCAUUUCUUAAAAUGGAAUAAAAAAUGAAGAAAUUUUAAUUGAAUAAUCCUGAAAUUAUAGAUUAAAAAUAUAUGAUUUCUGGAUAUUUAUAAUUAAGCAAGGAUUAUAAGAACUUAAUCUAAACAAUUAGAAAAUAUGGAUAAGAUUUAGAUGCUUUAUUAAAAUUUGGUAUAAAUGAAAUGAAAGAAGAUAAUAUUUGUAAGGUUGAUUAAUUUUUUGAAAAGCAUUCUAAUAUAUUAUCAACUAAAGUAGAUGAUUACUUUAAAAUUAAGGAUUGUUUUUACAGAUUUUUAAGAAUGAAAAUCUAAGUAUAUAUAAUUAUCAUUUUAGGAACCCUAUUAUUAUAGAGUAAAGAAGAAAAUUCAUAUAAUAGAAAAACAUAAUCAAACAUUUGAAACUUAUCGAAUUUAUUUAGAUGCAUUUAAAUUUAUAAAUAAAGAGGGUUUUGAUUAUUUUAAAGAGGAUUUAUAAUUAAUUAAAAAUUUCAAAAAACCUCCAACUUUAGAAAGUAUUGGAGAGUUAUUUAAUGAGAAAAUUGAAUAAUUAAAAGAAUAAAUUGAGAAAACAAAAGAAUCAAAAGAAGGUUAAUUAUUCUGUUAAAUAUUUGAACAUAAAAUUGAUUAAAUUUCUAGAUGGAAAUAAUUAAUAAUAAAUUUAGCAUAUUUUUAAUACAGUUUCAAUAUUCAUUAUUUAUUGAAUACAAAUACAAAAACAAAGAAAUAUAUAAAAAGCAAAAAAUUAUAUGAAUAAUUAUAUUAGAUUUUAGAAGAAGCAGAUUAAUUUUAAAUAGAAAAUUUUACAAUUAAUUAAGUUUAUUAAGAAUAAAUUGCAUAAUUUAAGUGUGAUCUUUAAGAAAUUAAAUAAUAAAUUCUUGAAUGGAAUAUAAAAUUAAGAGAAAAUGAAUUUUAUAAAUAAAUUUUAAGUUUAGUAAAGUAAAAUCUUUUACUUAAAUCAAUCAAUUAACGUUUAGAAACUAUACUUUCAGUAUAUAAUUUUAUUAUAUAAAAAAGAUAAGAUCAUCUGAUGAUUAUGAUAAAAGAAUGGAUGCAAAAGCAACUGAUAUGAUAAUAAAAACAAAGAUGUAAUUGUAGAAUAUUGCUCCAACAAUAUUAGAAAUAAAAUCAUGUAAAUAAAUAUAAGAUGAUGAAUACAUACAAAAAUAAUUUAAUAAAUUUGUUUUAUUGAAGGAUUAUUUUUAGAAUUUAAAGAAUGAAUUUGAAAUCUGA